AUGCAGACAGCUGGUGUGGGUGCCACCCUUGCAGACAGGAUCAACAUCAAGAGGAAGGGGGCAUGGCCCUCCACCCUGCUGUCCGUGCAGCACGUCAUCGACUGCGCCAACGCAGGCUCCUGCGAGGGGGGCAAUGACCUGCCAGUGUGGGGGUACGCCCACGAGCACGGCAUCCCCGACGAGACCUGCAACAACUACCAGGCUAAGGACCAGGCGUGCGACAAGUUUAACCAGUGUGGCACCUGCACCGAAUUCAAAGAGUGCCGUGCCAUCCAGAACUAUACCCUCUGGAAGGUUGGUGACUAUGGCUCCCUCUCUGGCCGGGAGAAGAUGAUGGCGGAAAUCUACGCCAACGGCCCCAUCAGCUGCGGGAUGAUGGCCACGGAGAAGAUGGUCAACUACACCGGGGGCAUCUACGCCGAGUACCACGACAAGGCCUACAUAAACCACGUCGUGUCUGUGGCCGGCUGGGGUGUCAGCGACGGCACGGAGUACUGGGUCGUCCGGAAUUCCUGGGGAGAGCCGUGGGGUGAGCGAGGCUGGAUGCGGAUCGUGACCAGCACCUAUAAAGACGGGAAGGGCGCCGACUACAACCUCGCCAUCGAGGAGUACUGCACGUUCGGGGACCCCAUCGUCUGA